UCCUGCGGCCGGGCCAUGGCGGAGUCCACGGUCUGCUCGUUCCUCACCAAGGUGCUGUGCGCGCACGGCGGCCGCAUGCUGCUGCAGGACCUGCGCGGCCACGUGGAGCUGUCGCCGGCGCGGCUCGGGGACUUGCUGCAGCGCGCCGGGCCCGAGCGCUUCCUGCUGCAGGACGUGGAGGUCGAGGCAGGCGGCGCCCGGGCCUGCAGGGUGGUGGCCGUGUCCUCCGCGCGCCUGUGCGCCCGCUACCAGCGCGGCGAGUGCCAGGCCUGCGACCAGCUGCACUUCUGCCGCCGGCACAUACUGGGCAAGUGCCCGCACCGGGACUGCUGGUCCACCUGCGCCCUUUCCCACGAUAUCCACACCCCGGUCAACAUCCAAGUUCUGAAAAACCACGGGCUUUUUGGCCUCAACGAAGCCCAGCUCCGGGUUCUGCUUUUGCAGAACGACCCCUGCCUUUUACCUGAGGUCUGUCUGCUGUACAACAAAGGCGGUGACCCCAUCUACGGUUACUGCAACCUCAAGGACAAGUGCAACAAAUUCCACGUCUGCAGAGCCUUUGUUAGGGGGGAGUGCAGACUCCAGACCUGCAAGCGGUCCCAUCAGCUCAUUCAUGCCACUGCCCUGAAUCUGCUGCAGGACCAAGGGCUGAGCAUCCCAAGUCUUGUGAAUUUUCAGAUCAUUGCUGCCUACAAGCAUGAGAGGCUGCACGAGAGGCUUGAACAUAAAGAUGACUCAGCUGCUGCCCCUGAGUGUGCACAGAGCCCUGAGAAACAAGAAGCCUGCACAGCUGGGGCUGCAGAAACCCAACCUCCUGUCCCUGUCGCAGCUCAGGCAGCCACGAGGCCCUGCCCAGACAAGCUCUCCUUGGAACAGCACAACCUUUCUUUAUCCUCCAUGGAGUUCCCGCUGGAGACGAGCACCACGCUCAGCGCUGCACAUGUGGCCUUAACAGAGACUGCUCCAGGGUCCCUGCCCAGCAGGUCUCUCCUUGUCAUAUCCUCUCCAUCUGCCACUACUUUUGAUACGACUUUUUUAAACCAUGAGAAACAGACCCAAAGUACAGUGGAUCAUGGCAUCUUUAUGGCUAAUUACGGGUCAGUGACAAGUAACGAGGUGGCUGUUGGCGAUGAUGACAUGGAUAACUUUUUGCCAGAUGCCCACUGGACCUCUUCACGGAUGGUUUCCCCCUUGUCCUACGUCACAGCCAGCCCACCAGAGCUGCCCGGAGAAAUACCCGAGCCUGUACUCACUCCAUCGCUACCUACCAUUUCUUUACAGCAUGAAGAGGUGACGUCAGGCUGGCAGAACACAGUGCAACAACCAUCGACAUAUGUUCAGUCCCCUGGUCACUUUGGCACUUUGUGGUCGGCUUUUCCCACCUCUGAGGGCAUAAUUCCAACUCCUAGUAGGAAUUUGGUGCUUUAUCCUACAGAAACAUACAGCCAGUCAUCAAGUAGGACCCCACUAGAGAUUGUGGCUUCAGUGACAGAGGGCCCAGAAUCCCUUGGUCUCAGCUCCUGGUCUCUGGUGUCUCUGCUAUCAGGCGGUGCCCUGACUCAACAGGCAUCUGUCCCCUUGGCGGAGGCCUCCAAGCCCCCAGAUGAAGUCCUGGCCAUAAGCACAGAGAGAGACUCGGAUGUGACCACUGCUUUGAAUCCACCCCUGGAAGAAGCCGUCUCUCUAGGAGCAUCUCCCAUUGUCACUGUGUCACAUGAAGCCCUUGCUUUCCGCAGCACACAUUCGGCUUUUUCAACUCCUCUUGGUUCUGCCUCCUUUUCCACUCAAUCAGCUGAUGUUCCCUUUCACCCCUUUCCUCCUGGCAAAGCCAGCGAAGCAUCAGAAUUGCCUGUCCGCGCUCUGGUCCCCAGUGGUAUGGAUGACACACGUGUCCAGAGCCCGCUGUCCUCCCCUAGACCAUACGCCUGGUGUGCGUCCUGUACCCUGGUCUCCCCUCAGCAUGUUCUGGCCACAAGUGUCGUGGAGGGAGAUGUGGGAUCAGGGGAUGGGGCCGAGACCCUGUCAGCGGCCACACUGCAAGUGAGCAGCCUCUCUCCAUGGAGCAGCGUGGGCAUGGACUUCUCUGAUUUUGAGGAAGAUCCCCAAGAAUUUAAUACAUUUCCCCCCGCCAGGCCUGUCAUCUCCCUUUCUUCCAGACUUGUGAGGAUCUCAGAAGCAAGCAGCAGUCUGUCAGCUGAGGUGUGUGUGAGCAGCAUUACCAACACCCAGGGGUCCCUUCCCCAUGGCCACCUGACUGCACCAGUGUCGCCCGAUCCUGCUUCUAUCUCUUCUUCCGUGGCUGCUGAAGCAGUGCUGUCCUUGGUGACCGCAGAGUUUUCCUCAGUCAUGACCAGCGUCUCCCUCGAUUCUUCUUUCUCCGUCGUGGCCAACAAAACCCCCCCAUCACUUGCCACCACACACCAGAAUCUCUCCACCUCUUAUAGCUGGGUUCCUGCAGGAACGUCUUCACUUCUCUCUACUCAAGAACCUGGCCAUGCUUUUGAACAUGAAACUCGGAGUCUUUUGGAUUUUGUAUCUAGCUUUUACUCAACUCCACCACUGGAAUUCAGCAGCCUGGUCCCCUCAUCUUCAGAAGUUCUUGCUUCUCCCUCUCCAAUGCCAAGGGACCUGUCACCCUCCAUGUCUCAGUCCUUUUCUUCUUUGGUGCAGACGUUCAUGUUGUCUGACUCUGUCAACUGGCAGUCACCUCAGCUUCCUGUCACGAAUUGCACAAACUUUGAGUUUUCUCAGCUCUUGCCAAGUUCAGACCUUUCUUUAAAAACAGUCACUUUUCUUCCCGAUCACUCUGAAAUGUCACCACUCUCAAGCUUCCCAUCCGAGUCUCCCAAGUUUGCUGAAGCCUCCACAGUUUCCCUGUUGGAUUCUGAAGCUCAUUUUACCUCAGCUUUCACCGAAACUACCUCCGAUUUGGGGUUUUCAUUCAUUCCCCGUGAAUCUGCAGUCACCACACUGGUGCCCGCUGGCUCUGAGCCCACCCUGGACAUCCUGACUGCCGAGACUCCUUUCCUGUCACCAUCAAUAGCUUUCUACUUGACACCUGUUUUAACUGAGUCUUCUCUGUCCUUAGCUCUGACACCUUCCGAUGACUCUGUCAGAGCUACAGGUGACCACACCUCCAUCUUACCCUCUUCCUCCAGACUCAUUCCGACCAGUGCAGCCUCGAUGAUGGACAUGUACCUGUCCUCAGCGUCCUCUGUUGUCUUGGAGCUGAGCCCCUCACCUCUGCCCACAGAGCCAGCCGUUGUGGGUCCCUCCUUUGCACCCACAGGUUCACCUUGGAACACCUCCCCUGAGUUGAGUACCUCCAGCGCUGGUGACACCGUGGACGGUGCCCUCAGUGGCCACACUGCAAGUCAGAGUCCCCAGGAGAGCAGCACGGUGCCUCCCCUGCCAUCUCUCCAUCCCAUGAAUACUGCUACCCGAGAAGCGACACUUGGUACUCCAGCACUGGUCACUGCCAAGCCGCCCUACGUGUGUGACAUUACCGUCCCUGAUGCCUAUCUGAUCACAACUGUGCUGGCCAGAAGAGCCGUUCAGGAGUACAUCAUCACAGCCAUCAAGGAGGUGCUGAAGGUGCACUUCAGGAGAGCUGUGGAGCUGCAGGUUUAUGAACUGUUCACUGACUUCACUUUUCUGGUAACAUCCGGUCCUUUUGUAUACACGGCAAUAUCGGUCAUUAAUGUCCUCAUCAAUAGUAAACUCGUGAGGGACCAAACUCCUUUAAUCCUGUCUGUGAAGCCUUCAUUCCUGGUGCCUGAGUCCAAGUUCCAAGUUCAAACAGUACUUCAGUUUGUGCCUCCAAGUGUGGAUAUCAGCUUCUGCAACUUCACCCAGCGCCUGGAGAAAGGCCUGAUGACAGCUCUGUUUGAAGUGAGAAAGCACCAGCAGGGCACGUAUAAUCUCACUGUACAGGUCUUGAAUGUCACCAUGGGCUCUUCCAGGGUGGCGCCCCGGCGGGGCCCAGUCAACAUCAUCUUUGCUGUUAGAAGUGCACAGGGAUUUCUGAAUGGGUCAGAGGUGAGCGAGGUGCUCAGAAACCUGAGUGUGGUGGAGUUCAGCUUCUACCUGGGGUACCCGGUGCUGCAGAUCGCAGAACCCUUCCAGUACCCACAGCUCAACUUAUCUCAGUUACUGAAGUCCUCGUGGGUGAGAACAGUCCUCCUGGGUGUCAUGGAGAAGCAGCUACAGAGUGAAGUGUUUCAGGCAGAGAUGGAGCGCAAGCUGGCCCAGCUGCUCAGUGAGGUGCCCGCCCGGAGGCGCGUGUGGAGGAGGGCCACAGUGGCUGCCGGCAACAGCGUGGUACAGGUGGUGAAUGUGUCCAGGCUGGAGGGAGACGACAAUCCCGUGCAGCUCAUCUACUUUGUGGAGGAUCAGGAUGGAGAGAGACUCAGUGCCGUCACGUCUUCUGAUUUGAUUAAUAAGAUCGACCUCCAGAGAGCAGCCAUCAUCUUGGGAUACCGAAUUCAAGGCACUAUUGCUCAGCCUGUGGACAGGGUGAAGAGGCCAUCGCUGGAGUCCCAGAGCAACAACCUGUGGCUCAUCGUUGGUGUGGUCAUCCCAGUGCUGGUGGUGACAGUGAUCAUCGUCAUCUUGUACUGGAAACUGUGCCGCACAGACAAGCUGGACUUUCAGCCUGACACUGUGGCCAACAUUCAGCAGCGGCAGAAGCUGCAGAUCCCUAGUGUAAAGGGCUUCGAUUUUGCCAAGCAACAUCUGGGUCAACACAAUAAAGAUGAUAUAUUGAUUAUUCACGAGCCAGCGCCACUGCCGGGACCUGUGAAGGACCACACCACACCCUCAGAAAACGGAGACGUGCCAAGCCCCAAGUCCAAGAUCCCUUCCAAGAACGUCCGCCACAGAGGAAGAGUUUCCCCCUCUGAUGCCGACUCUACCGUCAGUGAGGAGUCCAGUGAGAGGGAAGCAGGAGAUAAGGCGCCGGCAGCGGUUCCCGAGGGCAAAGCCCACCGUGCCCCGCAGAGUGGCCCCCGACUGCCCAGUUCCGGGACGGAGCAACAUUCCUCGGCCUCUAUCUUUGAGCAUGUGGACAGGAUUUCCCGCUCCUCGGAGGCCAGCCGGCAGGUCCCCAGUAAGAUCCAGCUCAUUGCCAUGCAGCCCAUCCCAGCCCCUCCAGUGCAGCACCCCAUCCUGGCCGACCGAGUGGCAGAAACCAACAAAAUCAACAAAGAGAUCCAGACCGCGCUGCGGCACAAGUCGGAGAUAGAGCACCAUCGCAACAAGAUCCGACUGCGUGCCAAGCGCCGAGGCCACUACGAGUUCCCAGUGGUGGAUGAUCUGUCCUCGGGCGACACCAAGGAGCGGCACCGUGUAUACCGCAGGGCACAGAUGCAGAUUGACAAGAUCCUGGACCCCACAGCCAGUGUUCCCUCCGUGUUCAUCGAGCCCAGGAAGAGCUCUCGGAUAAAACGUUCCCCAAAGCCACGGCGGAAACACCAGGUCAAUGGCUGUCCGGCAGAUGCUGAGAAGGACAGGCUCAUCACCACUGACAGCGAUGGCACCUACAAGCGGCCGCCCGGUGUGCACAACUCGGCCUACAUAGGCUGCCCGUCGGACCCUGACCUCCCGGCUGAGGUGCAGACGCCGCCGUCCUCCACCGAGCUGGCCAGGUACCCAGGCCUCCCCUUCCCAGCCUCACAGUACAUCCCGCCCCAGCCAUCCAUCGAGGAGGCCCGCCAGACCAUGCACUCCCUCCUGGACGACGCCUUUGCCCUCGUGGCCCCCAGCACCCAGCCCCCCAAUGCCUCGGGGCCAGGGGUCCCAGCCGGCCUGCCCCUGAACAGCACCCCAUCCCGGGAAGACAGGAGAGCUGCCCAGUGGGGGUCCUUCUACAGCCCAGCACAGAUAGCCAGCAACCCCUGCAGCAGAUAUGAAGACUACGGAAUGACUCCCCCAUCUGGCCCAUUGCCAAGGCCGGGUUUUGGCCCUGGGUUGCUGCCGUCCUCCGAGCUGCCGCCCCCCGAGCCCCCGCAGCCACAGGCAGCCGCAGAAGCCCCCUUCGCCGCCCGAGGGGUCUACUCCGAAGAGAUGCCGUCGGUGGCCCGGCCUCGGCCCGUCGGGGGCACCACAGGCUCCCAGAUCCAGCACCUGACACAGGUGGGAAUCGCCAGCAGAAUCGGGGCACAGCCAGUGGAAAUCCCAGGCAUGAGAGGCAGCCAGUAUGGCGGCCCAGGUUGGCCUGCUUAUGGGGAGGAUGGCGCUGGACGGAGAGAGGCCCCCAACAUGCUAGGACAUCAAGAGUAUUCUUCUUCACCGCUAUUUCAGGUGCCAAGGACUUCAGGCAGGGAGCCCUCGGCUCCUCCUGGGAACCUGCCCCACCGGGGGCUGCAGGGCCCUGGGCUGGGCUACCCCACCAGCUCCACGGAAGACCUCCAGCCGGGACAUUCCUCAGCUUCCCUCAUCAAGGCAAUCCGAGAGGAGCUGCUCCGGCUCUCCCAGAAACAAAACGCCAUGCAGAACUUCCACAGCUGAUGGGCCCUGCCGCACAGGUUUGCCGAUAGCCGCUUCCUGUGGAAGCAAGACCAAAAGGAAAUCGAUUGAGUGGAUGUUUGUAAGAAGAACAACAUCUCCUGGGCAUGCUGCCCGAGUAAGGGAACAAGUUGCAAUUUUAGAUGUUGCCAUAACUCACACGACAACCCACGAUAGUUUUACUAGGUUGGCCAUUUGGUAACUACUCGGGUUCGAUGGAAAUGUAUGUAUUUUUGGCCAAAAGCCAGCAGCACUUCACAAAAAUGAAACACAAACCUAAGAUAACAAAAUUACUAAGUUAGUCUCCUUUUAAAAGGCAAAAGAUUGAAAUGUGUAGAUGGUACAGGGCAGAAAGGAACCAAGCUUUUCUGUGGGAUUCAGACUGACAUGUACGAUGCACCUGCUGCUUUGUUCUCCAAGAAGAGAGAUUUGAAGACAUUUCAUUAACAGCUUGAUUUCCCUGUUUUCCUCCGUAGGAACUUAUUUUAAUAGCGAUAUUAGCAACAAGAAUACUAAGACUGUUGGGGAAUUUUAAAGAAAGCUACUAGUGAGAAACCAAAUGAUAGAUUGUAGAGCCUGAUGACUCCAAACGAAGCCAUCACCUGCGUUCUUCCUCCUCCUUUUCUGGUGCUAAAGCUCCAAAAACCCCUUCACCUUUCUGUCUGUGAAAAGCAAUGUUGGCUUUUACAAUGGAAGAACAUGUUGGAGGUUUCAUUUUGUUCUAAGAAAAAAAAAAGAAAAACAAAUUCCAAAUUUGGGGGAUGUGGGGGAGCUAUUUAUUUGGUUAAUCAAAAUACAUAUCAAAGUUUAAAUGUACAUUCUUUACUUGUAUUUCCUGUUUAAUAAUUGGGCACGUACAAAAGCAGGUGGAUCCCACUUCCGCACAUAGGAUUAAGGUCAGUCCUGCAGAAUGAGGCUGUCAGGGUCCUCACUCCAGAUCCUUGCACUUUGCUGAUGAUUUGCUCACAUAUCACACCUGAAUGAGAAAUCUUAUGUAAGCAGACAUCAUUUCUGACAAAUCCACCCAGUUGUUACAAAUCCAUCCCUACUGAUCACAUUCCCUGAGUGCAAGACCUGGAAUUGGAACUGAGUCCAGUUCAGCCUCUUGUCACAAAUCAAGAAGUGUAAAGAAGAGUUCUGAGACCAUGAGGAAAAGGAGAGUUGCCCCUUAUUCUGAUUUUAUUGUGUUAUUAAUUUGUUGAGUGACUGUUACAACUGUGUUAUGCACUUUGGGCCAGGGAGAGGGGGGUCAUGUCACUUAAAAUGUACCCCCAGAGUCAGCAUUUCCCUCCUUCCCACAUGAUAGUCAGAAAGACAGCAGUGAUCUAUAGUCUGGUGCCUGAGUGAAACUCAAAGGAUGUACAUGCAUACAGAAGAGAUUCCUGCUAGGGACCUCUUUCUAGCAGAUGAACUAAUACUUUUGAUUAAACAACAGAUAAUGGGGUAAAUUUGGGAUUCUGCCUAACUAAAAUCUGCAUAUCUGCAAUAAGUUUUAAAAGCCUGGAGGCAUCUUUAACAGGUCUCCAGAGUGUAGUUGUUGGUUCCAGGAUCACGCUGGUUAGGUCUGUGGUGUAGAUGUAGAAUCUCAGGACCAGAAUCUCAAAGUCUGUUCUGGGAAGUUGAAGUGUGGCCAGCAGCUCCCAUCAGGCUGUGUCCAGAGGUUCCAGCUUGCAUGAGAGAAAAGGUCCCCUUCGAGGCUUGACUUCUUAGCUCUUGUUCUUGGUUUAAUACUUUACUGUUCCCAAAGUGGAGGACCCUCUUUCUAUGUCACUCAAAAAAAUCAGGUUUCCUGAAUGUGGUACUAAGAUUUUCACGUACCCAAGCAGAGUUUUAUUAUGGACCCCUUACAAUGAAUUCAAAUCUUGUCUCAGCAGAUGGAAUAAAUGGCCCUUUCUCUUCUGGUUCUGCUCCGUGUCAUAAGUGUUUUGCACGCAGAGUGUCCUAAAAGUGAUUACCUUCUUUGUCGCAGAAACGGGUCUGUGCUGCAAAGGAUGUAACCGUGACUGCAGUUUUGAUGCCUGUCCAACCACCACAAAGGGAGUCUACCUGUAUUUUUAUUCUCAGAGCCAAUACACCUUUAAACUGAUGUCAAGACCAAAGAUGACACAUAACAAACUGCUGCUGGUGAGUGAUACAGUGUGAGCAGGCCCCUGUGGGAUCACCAGCACUCUGUUGUUAAAAAAAAAAGCACACUUGGUUUGUACUUGUUUCCUCUAGACAUCUGCCACAGCAGGUUGACCAGUCACUAGACUCAGAACGAGCUAGCUGUGUGGGGCACACCAUGGUCACUGGGUCUCCAGUCACUUAGUGUGCUUUGCUUAAAAGAGAGGUCCUACUAUUGAUCAUGAGUAGCUUUGGAGUUCCACUGAUUAGAGCACUCUAAAAAAGUUAAAUUUUAGGUUUAUUUUUUCCUGCUUUAGAAGUCCUAGUGGUAAAACAAAUUAUAAAUUUGAGUCAGUGUUUUUGAGAAGAUAUUUUGGAGAAGUGAUUUUUUGCAGUCUACUUUGUCACUAAUCCACUGUGUUAAGCUCCUUCUCUGAACCUCAUCCUUCCUUCACCUUCAAGUACAGACCUCCCCCGCCUGCCUCCUGGGAUCUCUGGUUGUGAGAAUCAGGUGUGAUCCCGUGUGCAAACAUCCCUGGAGGAGGGAGCAUAAAGCACUGUGAAAAUGUAGCAUGUUUUCAGUGUGAAUGAUCUGGGAUGGCCUAUGUGAUAUGCUGUGAUCUACCGGAGAAUGGGUUUACACCAGAGCAACUGGAAAUGGAAAGCUUGGUGUGACUCAUCUUCCUCAUUCCUGUUUUAUUUUAAACUUUUUCUCCCAUGCCUUUCAAAAUCAUCUCAAACAUCUUUCUGCUCCUCAUUUUCUGCUAUGUCUGACACCAAACAGGUCAGCAGACUCAAGUCUUGACUUCUGAAAUCUUAGGCUUUAACUCAGAUAUUACAGAUGGGUAUAAAAGAUGAAAGAUAUUGAUUUAAAAAACACAUACAAUUUAAACAUCCAUAACAUUCAUUCAACGCACAUAAGUGCAUUGGGCACGCAGAAGAAGUCAUGGAAGCUGCAUGUCUGGAAGUGCUGAGAUCUGGGAGAAGUGAACUGUAGAAGUCACUUGGAUGAAGACGGGAGUUGCCCAGACCUGGUGAAAUGGCUUGGGAAAGUGUGGGCCUGGGAAGGAGUGGGCCUGAGGGAGGAUGUAGAGAUUGGCGUGUAGUGUCAUGAAAAUGACUUUGAUUCUGAUCUGCUGUAAUAUGGGGACAGCGUAGGGAGCUUCCGAAGAGGAAGUAGUGCAAGGAGGCACAUCUGCAGUAAUUGAACAAAUGAGUGACCAGGCUGGUGAAGGUCUACAAGGAGGAGCUCCAGCACGGGGAAGGAAAGGAGAGCACCAAGAAACUGCUGCAGGUCCAAUGUGAAGAAUGAAAAUAGUGAUAAGAGUGACUCUGAGGGUUAUUGCUUAGAGCAGACUUGAUAGCCAGCCAUUCAGCAAUAUUAUGUCCUUUGUGGAGCAUACCAGGUUAUAAAUAAAUACAUUUGGCUUUUUUUUUUUUUACAGCUACCUACAAGUUUUCUUCUCAAUUUUAUUUAAUUUCAGAAUGUGUGCUGAUCUUGGUGGCACCUGACUUUUAAGCAGCGUGUUUUUGCCAACCAGAUUUUUCAGGGUAGGAAGCCUGUGAUACAAACCACAGGUGAAGGUGUGCUUGGAAGGCUUUGGGCUGAAACAAAUCAUUCUCCACUGCAUGAGUCUCCCAUUUCCUAAGGGCAAGGCCAGUGUUUACUGCAUAUGUGUGACGCCUUCACGCAUGCUCCAUUAAGCAAGCAGUCCCCCGAUGUGGAUGCGCUUGGUCGUGCUUCCCAAUUUAAUCAUUAACGAAGCCUCUCCUGCCCUUUCAUCCUGGGUUCUUACUUGGGAAUGCAUGACAUGUGGAAGGAAGGCUGGUUGAGAUUCUGGGCUUGGGGCCAGGGGCUCUCCCAGUCUUACGUCUCACAUUAGCUUUAGCUCUAGUGAGGUUUUCACCAGGUCAUUUCUACCUCCAGAGCAAGGCUCCAAAGUUCAUCACCAGAGUCUGCUCAUCCACAUUUGGCCCAGGCAGGAGCACGAGGAAGGCCAUCUCUGAACCUGCAGAUGGGCCUCGUGAGCACAAACACAUUUCUUGGGCAUAGUCCAUGGAACUUUGCUUUUACAUUGAAUCCAACCUGCUACAGAGAUUCUUCUUGUAACAGUAGAGGGGCCUCUAUGGGCCAGUGCUGUAACACUCAUCAAAUGUUUAGGCUUACACAUGUCACCCAAUAAACAAGGAGUAUGCACAUUUCUGGUUUCUUUUGACAUUUUGGAAGUGAUUGUUGAUAUUUAAACUAGGACACCUUUGUCCUCUAUUAAUAAGACUUGAAAGCUGAAACGUCACGGUACAGUGCUAAUUCCGUGCUUGUGUUUGUAACAGUACACUUGACAAUUUAUCCUAUGAACACACAGCAUUAAAGUAGAGAAAGAAUAUUAAAUGCCUUUGGGUACACGGAGCAGUUAGGAACCAGUGGGGAAAGUGAGAGAAGCAAUGAAUGUCUUUGUCUGAUAAAUGCUAGUCCAGACCUGUGUCUCACAGGUUAGGUAAUGAUCCAGGCUCCUUGCUUUGCCUUCUUUCCCCAGGGUUUUUCUGUUCUGGAACCUCUUAACAUUUAAAGAGAGAGUGAAUAGGUUGAAGGGACUGAGCUGAAAAUUGGAAUAAUUUGAAUCUCACUGUCCCUGAUUAUGUAGAACCUUCUUCAGGAACUACCUGGAGCAGUCUUUUCUCGUGCCCAUCAGAUUUCAAGUAUUCAUAACUUGUCUCCCCAGGGCCAAAUUUAAGCCAGACACCCUGUUCUUUUCCCCCUGAAGAUGUGGGAAAAGAAGAGGGAGGUGCAGGAGGAACUAAGGUGUGGUCCCUAACUCAGUUGCUCUAAGCACCAGGGACUCAUUUCAAAGUGGAGUAGAAAUGCUCCUGACAUUACCCUCUCCUAGGGCCUCGCUGGGAGCAUUAACAGGAGAGGUUGCUCCACAGAGCUGCUCUGGCUGGGGUGCUGACUUAUCUCCCCCUCUUUGAAGGUUGUGUUCUGAUUCUUCCUGCACCCUCCUUUUUAGAUGAUGACUAUUAAUGUACGAAAUUGUGCAGAGCAAAUUGGAGCCGUCUGUGGCAUCAAUCCUGCAACCUGAACUUGACAAUCAUAGUUUGCUGGUCUCAAACGGGCACUUAAAUCUCAGUAUGGAUAUAUGAUUUAGUAAUUGAACCCUCCCUUCUCUUUGUCGGUUAUGUUUCUACCCUCCAAUUAGCUGCACUGUUUUCUAAUGUGCUGUAGUUUUGGAAAUAAUUUAUGCAAGUGUUUGAUUUCCAUGUUUACAAUUUUUACAGCUUUCUUAGCAUUUUAAAUGGAAAUGUCAAUAAAUGCUAUGAAUUGGUGUCAACGUGA